AAACCGGAAUAUACACUGGAAAAUCUCAAAAAAUAUGGAUAUGAAAUUCGCUAAAACCAGGAAAUGGAUGCUCACAAUCAUACUUCUCUGCCUUUUGGUUUCAUCAUCUUCAGAGGCAGCAGAAGAAACCCAAAUAACCACACCAUUACAACCAACAGGAGGGAUCAUCAAUUCACCAACAAAGCUACAAGGGAACCAGAACCAACCAAUUCUUGGUCAGCCAUCUUCUUCUUCUCCUGUAAACCAGCCUUUGACCGGGGUAAAUCAACCAUUAACCGGAUUUAAUCAGCCAGAGUCGACUGGACUUAACCAGCCAAUUCUUGGUCAGCCAUCAUCUUCUUCUUCUACUAUAAACCAACCUUUAACCGGAUCAAAUCAGCCAUUAACCGGUUUUAAUCAACCAUCAUCAAUUGGAAAAAACCAACCAAUUCUUGGUCAGCCAACUUCUUCUUCUGUAAACCAACCUUUAAACGGGUUUAAUCAACAAUCAUCAACUGGAUUCAACCAAGCGUCGUCUUCAUCUACUCAAAAUCAACAACCGUUUACGAAUCGACUCAACCAGAACAAUCUCUCCGGCGUUCCAUUUACUAAUGCAAAUUCGAAGUUGAAGGUCUUCGGCACAAAGAUUGCCUUUAUCUGGAUUAGUCUUUUCCUUGCUUUGCACGGUAUAGACAGGAACUGAGCCGAGCUUACACAUCAUAUGGCGUCUAUAUUAUAUAAUCUCAUCAUAUUUGUUCUAUAACUUUUCUUUAUUCUGUCGUGGAUUCUAGUUUAAGAGUGUGAGUAUGUAUAGUUACUGAAAUGUUAUUUUUUUUUCUUUUUGUUAUUGGAUGAGUGUUCGAUGUUU